CAUUGGCUGCGGCGGGGCGGGGCAGUACCGCCCAGGCAGCGCCGGGAGGCGGCGGGGACGGGCGCGCUCCGCUGCUGCUGCUCCUCCGCCGGCACCGGAGGGACCGGGAGCGGGACCGGGAGCGGGAGCGGGACCGGGCUGGGCCGGGCCCGGCCGGGCCGGGCAUGCACAGCGCCCGCCAGGAGGCCUGCCCGGGACAGCUCGGCGCCGAGCGGGGGUGCCAGCGGGAGGCCGGGGCAGCACCACGGGCGCACAUGCACAGCACACGGCCAGCACCACAUCACGUCGUUGGGCCCCCCCGUGCCCCAUGCCCCCCGCGCCCCGGCUCGGCGGCGGACUCAGCCUGCAGCCUGGAGGCAGGGGGUGAGGAGGAGGCGGGGGGGGGCCCGGCCACCCGCUCCCCCCCAGCCAGCGAGCGCAGCCUGGAGUUCGACUCGGGGUAUUCGGAGGCGUCGGGAGGCACGUGGCGGGAGGAAGAGGCUCCGGUGCGGAGGCGGCACCCGCUGCCCUGCCAGCGCGCACACCGGCUCUCGGCUGGCCCCGCCGCCCCCCCGCCUGCCCCCGCCCGCCGCAUCCGCCCCAAAUCCACCUCGGACGCCUGCCUCGAGCACUGGCGGGCACUGGAGCCAACCGACACACAGGACUGGACCGUGGCGCUGCUGUCACAGAGCCGGAAUCGACAGCCCUUAGUGCUGGGUGACAACUGCUUUGCUGACCUGGUAGAGAACUGGAUGGACCUGCCCGAGGUGGGCACUGAACCUCGGCGCCGAGCCAGUGCUGAGCCUUCCCGCCGGCUGGCCAAGCCUCCUGCCUUCCUGCUCAGCCUCUCAGGCAAUGUGCGCCGUAAGCUGGCCAACAUGGCCCGGCCUCGUGGAGCCGAGGGUGCCCGGUCAGGGGGCCGUGAUGCCACCAAGCGUUUCUCCUGCCCGCUGGGGCUGGGUGGGCAGCCCAAGGGUGCCUGCUUCCACCAGUCCCACAGCAACAUUGCCCAGCUGGCCACGGACUUCCACCGCUUCACUGCCCUCAUGAACAGCCGCAGCCGCCAGCCCAUCAUCUGCAACGACGUUAUUGGCUACAUUUAGCCCUGCCCGUGCCCUCCUCUGCUGUAAAUAAACCCUGGUUUUGUACGGUA